AUGUCAAAGAUUGCGAAUCUUUAUUUCAGUGCUUUGAAAAGCAAUGGUGACAACUACCUGGAAUGGGCGCUUGAUGCAAAGAUCAUGCUGCGAUCAAAAGAUCUUGGUGACACAAUCACCAAAGACAACAAUUCCAGUGACAAAGACAAGUAUAUAGCUAUCUACAUGAUACGCCACCAUCUCCAAGAGAACUUGAAAACCCAGUACAUGACCAUAGAAAAUCCAUAUGACCUUUGGAUCGCUUUACAACGAAGAUAUGACCACCAGAAAACAGUGUUGCUUCCAAAGGCUCAAUAUGAUUGGAAACACAUAAGGUUCUUGGACUACAAAUCAGUAGACGAGUACAACUCAGUUCUGUUCAGAAUUGUGUCCUUGUUAAGGUUAUGUGGUGAAAAAGUAACCGAGGAAGAGAUGCUUAAUAAAACUCUCCACGUUUCCUCAAACCAACAUGCUAACAACGAACUGUUAUUGAAAAACAGUGAGAUGAGACCUCCUGGUACAGCUCCAUUACCCGACAUCUCUAAGCUGGCUAUAGAGCCAAAGAAAGAGAGUAACCUUGUCCAACACAAUGACCAUCUCGGUCCAAACCGUGGAAGAAGUCAAGGACGAGGUCGUGGUUCUUUUAAAGCACACGGGCGAGGACGUGGUCGCGGUACCACACCCGGCUUUAGCCGUGGUCGUGUCCGAGGCCGUAGUGUGUCUUUUAAACCACAGAUCAAAGCUGAUCGAUGCCACAGAUGUGGUAUGGGUAAUCAUUGGGCAAAGAAUUGCCGAACUCCUAAGCAUUUGUGUGAGCUUUACAUGGAGAGCUUAAAAAGAAACCCGGAAGCUAACAUGGUUCGAGACCCGAGAUAUGAUGGUGAUGAUGAUGAUGACUUGGAAAACGUCCAGGAUCACCAGCACGAGUCAGACAAAGUUGAUCACAUGGAGUUUGAAACUUCAGACAUACUGAAAUAA